GCGCCCGCUGGCUCUGCCGCUGGGCUCAGCGCAGAGGUCUGUCCGCAGCCCGGGCGAGCCCGGCAGCAGCGCCCAGUGCCUGGCCGCGUCAGGCCGCUCGCGGCGGACCCCGGACAGCCCGGGGGCGUGCGGGCGCCGGGGCGCUGGGCUCGGGCACUGCGGGGCUGCGGGGCUGCGGGCUCGCCGCCCCAGGGAGGCGCGCGCGUGGCCGCCGGAGCGGGCGCCCCAGCCGGCCGGGAUCGCGGGUUUCUGAGCCAGGAGUGAAGGUGGGCAGAGCUCAGGGAUGGCGAAGGUCGUGACACUCAGCCAGAAGCUGCAGCCCCAGGGCCCAGUGGCCGGAGAGGAGUGAUGGUGCCAUCUGAGCACCUGCCGGAAGCGGGGCAGGAGGAGCAGUAGCCCCCGGAGAGCACAGGCUGCUCCAGGAUGCGGAGAUGAUGUCUCCGGAGGCCCCGGCCUCCCUCCCGCCCGGGCGCUAGGAGCCGUGCCCAGGCUCCAGCCAGGAGCCCUGCCGCCCAGGGGCAUGGCCAAACCUUUCUUCCGACUCCAGAAGUUUCUCCGCAGAACACAGUUCCUGCUGUUCUUCCUCACGGCCGCCUACCUGAUGACCGGCAGCCUGCUGCUGCUGCAGCGGGCCCGAGUGGCCCUGCCGCAGGGGCCCCGGGCGCCUGGCUCCCUGCAGGCCUUGCCCGUGGCCGCCGUGGCGCUGGGCGUGGGCCUGCUGGACAGCAGAGCCCUGCAGGACCCCCGUGUCAGCCCGGAGCUGCUGCUCGGCGUGGACGUGCUGCAGAGCCCCCUGGCCCGGCCCCGGCCCGGGCCCCGCUGGCUCCGGAGCCGCAACUCGGAGCUGCGCCAGCUGCGGCGCCGCUGGUUCCACCACUUCAUGGGUGACCCCCAGGCGCUGCCCGCCCUGGGCCCCGUGGCCCCCAGGCCAGCCGCCAGCAGCCGAGGCACCUAUGUUGGCUGCUUCCGUGACGACGGCCAGGAGAGAACGCUGAAGGGCACUGUGUUUUUUGACUUGAGAAAGAUGACCGUCUCCCACUGCCAGGACGCCUGCGCUGAGCGGUCCUAUGUCUACGCCGGCUUGGAGGCCGGGACAGAGUGCUACUGCGGGAACCGGCUCCCGGUGCUGAGCGUCGGGCCGGAGGAGUGUAAGCACGAGUGCAAGGGGGAGAAGGGCUCGGCGUGCGGAGGCGUCGGCCGGCUCUCCGUGUACCGAGUGGAGGAGCUGCAGCCGAGCUCCAGGAAGCGGAGGUCGGUCACAUACCGCGGGUGCUUCAGACUGCCGGAGAACAUCACGCACGCUUUCCCCGACUCCCUGAUGCAGGCCAACAUGACAGUGGAGACGUGUUCGGGAUUUUGUUCCAAGAAAGAGUUCCCCUUGGCCAUCCUCAGAGGCUGGGAGUGCUACUGUGCUUACCCCACCUCCCAGUUCAACCUGCGGGAUGCUGUGGACGGCUCGCUGUGUGGCCAGGAGUCUGAGGCACAGAAGCUGGCAGAGUACUGCGAGGUCUACCAGACGCCCGUGCAAGACACUCGGUGCACCGACAGGAGGUUCCUGCCCACCAAGUCCAAAGUGUUCGUGGCUUUGUCGAGCUUCCCGGGCGCCGGGAACACCUGGGCACGGCACCUCAUUGAGCACGCCACUGGCUUCUAUACCGGGAGCUACUACUUCGACGGAACUCUCUACAACAAAGGGUUUAAGGGCGAGAAGGACCACUGGCGGAGCCGGCGCACCAUCUGUGUGAAGACCCACGAGAGCGGCAGGAGGGAGAUCGAGAUGUUCGACUCAGCCAUCCUGCUCAUCCGGAACCCGUACAGGUCCCUGGUGGCCGAAUUCAACAGGAAGUGCGCCGGGCACCUGGGCUACGCGGCUGACCGCAACUGGAAGAGCAAAGAGUGGCCGGACUUCGUCAACAGCUAUGCCUCGUGGUGGUCCUCGCACGUGCUGGACUGGCUCAAGUACGGCAAGCGGCUGCUGGUGGUGCACUACGAGGAGCUGCGGCGCAGCCUGGUGCCCACGCUGCGGGAGAUGGUGGCCUUCCUCAACGUGUCCGUGAGCGAGGAGCGGCUGCUCUGCGUGGAGAACAACAAGGAAGGCAGCUUCCGGCGCCACGGCCGGCGCCCGCAUGACCCUGAGCCCUUCACCCCGGAGAUGAAGGACUUGAUCAAUGGCUACAUCCGGACAGUGGACAAGGCCCUGCGUGACCACAACUGGGCUGGGCUGCCCAGGGAGUACGUGCCCAGAUGAUAGGCCGCCGCUCUUCGCGCCCUGCUGAGAGCCAGCCGCCCCCGGGGCUGCACCCGCUCAGAUGCUCAGGUGGUGGCCUCGCUGGGACACGGGCUGCCCAGUGCCGCCUCCCUCGGGUGCAGGGAGACCAGCCACAAGCCCUUAGCCCACCCGGGCAGACACGAUGCCACAGGACAGACACACGCUCCUAGCUAGACACGCUUAGACACGCCACUCCACGCUACAGUGCCUGUUUUGACAAGCCCAAGUCACCAUGCAGGGUGUGCCAGACACUCCCAGACUUGCCAGCACACAGUCUCCAGGCCAUGUGUUCCCAAAGGCUCAGUCUGUCUCUCGCAGACACACGUGCACCUGGGUUCUCAGAGGCUCCAGGUUUCCUUUUGUCAGUCCCAAGCAUGGACUUGCUGGUCAGGGUUCUUGACUGCGGGGGCUGGGCUGGGCGGGCACCUGCUCUGAGCAGCAAGAGGUGGGCUCACGGACUGUUGCUACCGGGCCACGUGGUCCUGACAUCCCAUAAAUGUGUGUGGUGUGACCACUGGGCACCACGAACUCUGCGG